AGCAAUUAAUUUUUUGCAAAUUUUUAAUAAAUAAUAUUAAUUAUCAAAAUUUGUAAAUUACUCACAUAAGGAAAGAUAAAUCAAACUUCUAAAAUGGGUUUAUGUCUGGGAAAGCAUGAGUCUCCAAAAAUGUAGCCAUAGCAGGUUUAAUAAAAGCAAGCUUAGAUGACUAAUUAAACAAUAUAAACUAGGCAAAUUAAAACAGCAAAUGCUUAACAAAUGUCUGAAUAGGAUAGAGUCACUCUUGAUUUGAAGAAAGUAUAAGAUUCGCUAAAUAGAAGAAUUUAACAAAUGGAAAAAAAUGCAAGCGAUGCUUAACAAAAAGCUAAAGAAUUUCUUAAAAAUAAUAAUAAAAUAAGAGCCAAAUAUGCUCUUUAGACAAAGGCUAUCUAUGAAAAAUAGAUUGAAAGUAUUCUUAAUUAGGAUAUGAUUAUUACUAAAACUAUUAGAUAAGUUCAAGAGAAAUUCGAUCAAUUAGCUGUAUCAAAUACUCUCUAAGCUGCCAAUAAACUGAUGUAAGAUGUUAAUAAAGCAAUAGAUAUGGAUGCUAUGUAAGAUACUUUAGGAAAUCUCUAAGAAUUGGAAAUGAACAAUGCUAAAUUUGAUGAACUCUACAACUAGUAUGUAGGUGCAGAUUAAGAUGACUUAGCCAAAAAAUUAGAUGAAAUGGAAGCUGAUAUAUUUAAAAGCGAUUUAAAGCGUCACGAAUAAAAUACCUAAAAGCCUUAAAUUUCUAAUAAUGCUUAUUAAUAGCCAUAAUAAUAGGUUGUACAUUAGCAAUAACACUAAUAACAAAAUCAGCCUUAACAACAAUAACAACAGUAACAAUAAAAGGAUGACAUAGAUGAUUAAUUAGCUAUGCUUGCUUGA